AAAAUCAAAAAUUAAUAAAAAGAUAAUAAACAAGCAUCAUUCAAUUUGAAAAGAUUGAUAAAAAAGAUAAUUUGUUUAUUAGUUAAUAACACGAUCAAAAGAUUUUAUCAACUUUAUUUAUCUAUUUUCUAAAAUAAUAGCUUUUGGUAAAAAAAAAUUUAGCUAAAAAACUAUUAUAUAUAUAAGCAAUCAGUUAGUUAGAUGAAGCCUUAAACAUCUCAUAGCUCUGAAAAAUUAAAAAAAAUUAUGUAACCAAAAUACUAAGUAAACUUACACCAAAAGAGCUAAACUUAAAUUUAUAAUCCAUCUAGCUUAUAAAUUUAACCUCUGAGCUAAAUGCUUAACCUUAAUUUAAAAAAAUAAAUAACAGAUAAGCAUCAAGUCAGUUCGAAUUACAGCUCUUAGAAUUAAUUUAUGUAAAUAUUUUAACAGGUCAGUGAAAACAAAAACUAGAAGAUAGACCAAAAUAGUAUAUCUCAACAAAAAAAAUAUACUUAAUUUAUUAAAAAAAAUUACUAAAAUGGUAUUUACUUUGGGCAAAUGAAUUGUAACACACCUGAUGGAGAAGGUGGUUUCUUUUGGGAUAAUGGUUGCUUUUACUAUGGUUAGUGGAAAAAUGGAUUGAUGCAUGGCUGUGGUCUAUUUAUUUUUAAGACAGGCAGCGUUUUAAGAGGGAACUUCAAGAAAGGUUAAGCUAAUGGAUUAGCAGAGCUCUCUUUUUUUCCAUCGUUCUAAUAAUAGAUUUUAAAUGGUUUUUGGAUUGAUGGAUAGUUUGAAGGCUCAUCACCAGCUCAGUUUUAUAAAAAUGGGUUUAAUUAAGUAACUAACUUUGAUGAAAAAAAUUAAAGUGAAGGAAAGAAACUGUAAGUUGCUUUUUUUUCAGAUAAAAUUGAAAGCAAAUAGAAAGAUAAUUCAUAAAGUUAAUUCGAAAUUAAUCCUUAUUAUUAUGAUGCUGAGUUAAAAAAAAGACUAGAAAAUUAUAUUGCUUGCGAGAACAGUAUAGAAGUUGGUGAAAGAAAAAGUAAUUUGCUAAAUGGUCUAGCUAUUAGAUUCCACUUUGAUGGAAAAAUUGAAUUUGGAAGUUUUAAAAAAGGAUUACUUGAAGGAAGAGGCAAAAUAAUUUUCAAAACAGGAGACAUUUAUGAUGGAUAUUUUAUUAAUUCUAUAUUUUAAGGUCCAGGAGUUUACUAUAACAACUAAGAUAAGGUGUGGGCUUACGGUGCAUUUUCUAAAAACAAAAUAAUGUAUUUGCAGCAAUAAAAUACUUCAUAUCCUCCUCCAGCUUUAUAUGACCUACGUGAAAAAGACGAAUAUGUUGAUUCUAGUGAUAGAUUAAUUGGCGAAAACUAACUUAGAGAUAGAAAUAUUGUCCUGGACACUGUUCUAGUAGAAGAUAUUCAAAAAAGGGCUAACGGUGAAGUAAUAUAACAUUAAACUCGUACAAACUAAACAACACAAGCAGAUUAAACUGAAGAAGAAUUAGAUGCAGGAGUUCGCUAAUAUUCUUAAAUUUCACCAUUUUCAGGUGCUGUAGAAUAAAACAAGAUGAGUUCUUACUAUAAUCCAGAGUUUGUAAAUUAAGCAGGUCUAAGAAAAACUGCAGAUUUUGGAAACACAAUUAAAAAUUUAUCAAGCAUAUUUUAAGCUUCACCAAACAAUCUUUAAGAGGAUACUAUUAAUAGAGACUAAGAAUUAAUAAAUACAAGCCACGAUAAAGUUAGAAAAUCUAUUGAAGAAAAGAUAAUAGAAAAGCAACUUGAGAGUGAUAAUGAAGCCAAUAAUUAAAAUUCAAAUUAGUCACAUCCUUCUUAAUAACUAGAAACUCAUCAAACAGUCAUUUAAUUUUCUCCAAAAAGCUAAAACUAUUUAACUUCAAGAAACAAAACAGCUAAUAAUUUGGAAAAUAAUUUAACUCAUGAUAACCUUGAAUUCCCAUGUGAAUUCACUCAAAAAUAUUAUUAUGGUAUAAGUGAAGAGACAUAUUAAAUCAUUUAAGAACUUGAAAAGAAAGAAAUUAUUUAGAAAAAACGAGAAAAAUCUUUAGAAAAAAUUAGCUAAAUAAAGGCUUUGAUUACAAAUUAUUUGAGUUAACCAUAAAAUUUAUUGGUUUCUACACCGAAUAACAAAAAAUCUUUAUAAAGAAAUUAAUAAACAAAUAUUGAUAAAUAAAACUCUCUGAAUAAAACAACUACAAGAAGUAAUAAUGAAAAUAUAAAUCCUUAAAUUAAAAGAAAUCCUAGCUCUGUAUCUUCUUAUUCUACUCGAAAUUAGUUUUCUGGAGUUCUAAGUAGUUAAAAACCUAAAAGUAACUAUUAAAAUAGAGAAUAACCAAGAAAAAUUUAAACUUUUGAAGAUUAAAGUAUUUCAAGCAGAAAUAUGCAAGGAAAGAAUAAUUCAAUUAAAAAUAAUAAUCAUGUUUAGAUCCAAAAUGAAAUCACAAGUAGAUAAAAUUCCUAAAAAGUGAACAAUAACUUCAUUGGAAAUCAAACUUUUUAGAAUAUUUAUAAAAAUAAUGAACUAUUUUAACCCUUUCAAAUUUAAGAUAUAAAUAAUACAUAAAAUAAAUGUAGCUUCAAUGAAAAAUAGAAACAUAAUUUUUAAGCUAAUCCUGAAAAAUAAAAUAGAGUUUCUAUAAAUUCUUCUAAAUCAAAUUCACAAGUUUAGUAGAGCUCUCCAAACUAGUUUAAAAAAAUUUAGUAAAGGAUAAAAAACUUUUCUCAGUAAUAUGAAGCAUAAAAUUAAAUAAAUUAUCAACAAGGCAAUAAGAAUAAGUAGAAUAUUAUUUUUAAGAAUUUUGAGCAUAUACAAAGUGAAAAUACUCCUAUAUCCUCUCCACAUAAUUAUUAGGCAAAUUUAAAUCCUUAGAAUUAACAAAGUACCAAAAACAAUCAUCCUAAUGAACCCUAAAAAUAGUUUUUCUUUACAUAAUCAUGCCGUAAUCAUAAAAGACAUGUCUCUUCUAUUAGCUUUAGCUCUAAUAAUUAAGUAGGAAAUACCUAAAUAUAACCAAAAAGAUCUCAAUAUCCGUUAAGUAUUUAAAUAUACUGA